AUGCCCUCGCCCGCGACCGGAUCCAACUGCUGCCGGGACCGCCGCCCAGAGAUUGCGCUGCACCUGGACGCGCGGGUCCAGAUCGGGCGCGUCGUGCAUGCGGCUAGCCAUCUUGGUGACGGCAUCAGCGCGGGGGGCAUAAACGUGAUGGUGAGAUGGUUCAACCGGGUGUUGGCCCAGGGCAGCGACGGCACGGUCGUGACGACCUACAAGAUGAAGGCGGGGUCGCCCUUCGGCAAGUUCAUGUCGGCGUGGUGCAGCCACCAUGGCAUUCCCGAGCCCGAGGCGUCCUUCCUGCACGGCGACGCCGAGCUCCUCCCGACGCAGUGCGCCCUCGACCUCGGCUGGCGGCCUGGCGGCGCCGUCCUCACCGUGCACGCCAUGCCGCGGGAGGCCGCGUCGGACGCCGACGCCGCCGCGGCGAGCGGAGGCGGCGCCGUCGGCAGCGGCGCGCCGCCGCCCGACGAGCGGGGCGUGCCGGAGGCGAGGGAGGAGCCAGGACUGGGGCCGCCCGCCCCGGCGCGGGAGGGAGCAGCAGGCGCCUCCUGUGGCCAGCACUGCGAUGUGCGGGUCGUCUCGGCGGGCAGGCCCGUGUCGCAGUUCCGCCUGAAGUUGAGCACCAAGUUCGGGAAGAUGAUCCAUCGUUGGUGCGAGACGUUCGGGGAAGGCCAUGAGGACGUUGUGUUCAGGUGGGGGCGGCGCAACCUGGGGCCGGAGGACACCCCCGCGGCGCUGGGCUGGUCGCCGACGGCGGAUGGCGAGGAGGUCGAGAUCACCGCCGCGCCCCGCGGCGCUGCGGCGCCCGCCGCCCGCCAGAAGCGCGCCGCAUCCGCCGGCGCCGGGGCGGCGGAGGAGCCCGCGGUCAAGCGGCCGGCGACGGCGUACUCGUUGUGGGCCAAGCGCCGCAGGUUCGAAGCCGCGGUGUGCCGCCGCGCCGUGCCGGACCCCGGGGCCGGCCACUGCAAGCUGUGGGCGCAGCCCGCACGGGGCCUUUUGGAGCACCGAGCCCACGGGCAGCUCCGCACCGAACUCCAGCCCGAGCUGAGGGGCCGGGCCGCGGACCAGAACCGGCAGCUCGCGGCCGAGUGGAAGGCCCUGCCCGAGGCCGCGCCCGCCCUGGGCCGGGGCGCACGCGCGUUCCGCGUGAAGGGGGUGGCCCCCGCGAGCGCGCCCAAUCAGGGGGAGGCGCUCUCCGCCGCGGGGCCCCUGGGCGCACUCCGGGGGCACCCGCUCGAGCCGAGGCCGCCCCGCGGCGCCGACCCCUCGCGCGCGCGGGAAGCGGCGCGCGGGCGGCCAGCCGGGGCGGCGGCGGCCAGGGCGGCCGCGCCCGCCGCGGCGGCGCUGCGGCCGGGCGAGCGAGGUGCCUCCGGGCCGCCGCCGCCGCCGCCGCCGCCGCCGCUCGCGAAGACGAGGCAUCGAGGGCUCAGAGCCAUCGAGCGCGCGUGCCACGAAGAGUGUGACCUCCCAGUCGGCAGCCAGAAGGCGGAGGUCGUCGCGAUCUGGAAUCUGAAAGCCGCCCACCUAGCACGUGUCACCCCAUCUGGGCUUGACCUCGACGCCCACUCAGAGCUCCGUGCCGUCAGCAGGAAGACGCUGGAGGCCCGCAGCAAUUUUCUGGCCGAGGAGCCGAAGUGGCCGCGCAUGAUCCAUGACCUCGACCCGCUCAUGGCCGACGACCGCGUGAGGGCCACGCUCCAGCCCCGGCAGGCCUACGACCCGCGAACGAGCGAGCAUGGAGAGAUACUGCUGAUCGACGACGGCUUCGCGCGGGGCGUGCUCGAUGUGUCGCUGUGCCAUGCUGUCGGAGCAGAGAGGACGAACGAGAGUCUGGUUGCCUUUGGCGGCUGCGUUUGGUUACUGGUCAGGUUGACCUUCAACUUGAAGCAGGAAUCGCCGAUGAGGAAGGUGAUCCAGGCCUGGUGCCAGCGCUGCGAGAUUCCCGAGGCCGAGGCCUCUCUGCGCCGGCAGACGCUUCUGAAGGCAGCACGUCGUGUCAAGCACUGA